CAGACAUAUAGAAGUAUGCCGCAGGGCAUGUGGUUGAAAGGCAACUUUUCUGUCAGCGAAGAACGAAGCCAAUCUGCGAAAACCCUAACCUAAAAAUUCUUCUCUUCUAUAGGAAAGAGUAAUCUCAGAAUCAAAAUCGGCAGAUUUUCUCCCUUGAGCGAGCAAGAUGGUGUUAGCAGAGCUAGGGGGGAGCAUCUCCCGUGCUCUCCAGCAGAUGAGCAAUGCCACCAUAAUCGAUGAGAAGGUACUCAACGAAUGCCUCAAUGAGAUCACCCGAGCGCUUCUACAGUCCGAUGUGCAAUUCAAACUAGUCCGAGACAUGCAGACUAAUAUUAAGAAGAUCGUAAACCUUGAUGAUUUGGCUGCCGGACACAAUAAGCGCAAGAUCAUUCAACAAGCCAUAUUCAAUGAGCUAUGCAAAAUGUUGGACCCAGGGAAGCCUUCUUUUACUCCAAAAAAGGGGAAAACAAGUGUUAUCAUGUUUGUUGGUUUACAGGGGUUUUGCAGUAGUCGGCGAGGAUUUUCUGCAACAGGUUUGAGUAAAUCUUCGAAAACCACAUCCCAUGUGGAGCAUCUUCGUUGGGCAUUACAACAGGUAAACAUCACUUCUGAGUCUGGAAAGUUUGAAAGAGACCUCUAUGAUCUACUCCACACCUAUGGUCAGAUUAUGCUGGUUCUUUGCCGAAUCAUAAGAAACUGA